AUGCAAAUUGAAAUCGGAUUGGAUAUUGGACUUGUUAUUUACACAGGGGUAGAUACCAAGGCAAUGAAAAAUAUGAACAAAUCUAUUGUGAAGUUCAGCUAUGUCAACAAGAUGCUAAACAUUAUGAUUGGUAUAAUGUUUUGUAUUCAAAUUGCCUUUUGUCUGGCCUACACUAUUGCUAAAACAAAUCUUGAGUUUUCAAAUCCAUACUAUCUCGGUACACCUAACCCAGUAAGAGAAAAUGCAGCCCUUGCGACCUUAAUGUCUUUUCUCACCUAUAUUAUUUCUUUUGCUCACUUUAUUCCAGUGUCAUUGCUUGUUUCCUUUGAGUUGGUAAAGGCUGUACAUGCAUGGUUUAUCUCAAUGGACAAUGAAAUGACAAUCACUGAAUGUUCUAAUGAUUCACCCGUGGACAAUAGCAGCAAGGAAAAUGUAGACUCAAAGUUUGUUUCUUCUGUUGCCAUUUCUAGUGAUUUGAAUUGCGAUCUAUCCCAAAUUGACAUGAUUUUUUCUGACAAGACUGGCACCUUAACAGAAAAUUUAAUGGUAUUCAAAAAAUGUGCCAUUGGAAGAGAAUUGAAAGUAUUUUGUGCAAGCAAUGAUGAAAACGAAUGUUUAGGGAAACAGGUGGAAUCUUUUAAGAACCACACAGGUCAUGAAGAAAAACAUAAUUGUGGCCAAUCUAAUUUCUAUGAACUGUCCAUGACCGAAGAACAAUUUUUCUUUUCAGUCGCGGCACUGCUAACAAUGUCUCUAUGUCAAAAUGUUGCUGUUAGACAUGUCACACGUUCUAAAACUAAUGAAAUAACAUAUGAAGGGGAGAGCGUAGAUGAAGUGGCACUUGUAUUGGGAGCUUCGAAUAACCAAUUUUCUCUUGUUUUCAUGUCAGACAAGAAAACUGUACUAAAAGUGUUCAAUAAGGAGUAUACUUUUGAGAGAUUAGCAGAGAUACCAUUUACACCAGACAGAAAGAGAAUGACAACUGUAUUCAAGAUUUCUCAGGAAUUUCUAAAAGAUUUUCCUAUUUUCGAAACGUUUUGCAUUGGUCAAUGCGAAGAAGAUAUCGCCGUUGACAAAGAUGGUAUGAUUAUUUGCUUUACAAAAGGGGCAGAUUCUUUUCUGUAUCCACUUCUCGAACAGUCGAAUAAGCAGCAAGUUCAGUUAAACAUUGACGAGUGUUCAUCAAAUUUCGCAAGUGAGGGUCUUCGAACUCUUUUGCUUUGUUAUAAAGCUCUAUCUAAGGAGACAUUCGAAGAAUGGAACAUGAGAUACAAUGCGGCUAAAACGUUACUUUUAAACACAGCCAGAAAACAAGCAAUGGACAAGUGCGAGAAAGAUCUUGAAAAAGAUCUGAUAUUUGUCGGAUGUACUGCUAUUGAAGACAUUUUACAAGACGGUGUUCCAUCCACAGUUAAAUUCUUCCUAGAUUCUUGUAUUCAAAUUUGGAUGGUUACAGGUGAUAAACGAGAAACAGCAGUAAUAACUGAAUACUUGGCAGAAAUAGCAAAACUAUCACAAAAUCAAUCCGAAAAUGUAACACUUGUGUUGGAUGGAAAUUCAUUUUCAAACUUUUUCAAAGAUGAAUCACUUCCUCUCUUUAAGGAUCUUAUCAAAAAGUGCAACACUGUCAUUUGUUGCCGUUCAACACCAAAACAAAAGUCCCAACUUGUGACAUUUGCAAGAACUGAAUUGAAAAAGAGAGUACUCGCUAUUGGAGAUGGAGCAAAUGAUGUUCCAAUGAUUCAAAAAGCAAAUGUUGGUGUUGGAUUAAUUGGUAAAGAAGGAAAUCAAGGAAAGACAAUACCUAAAUUCCGAAUGUUAAAAAGAUUAAUUGCAGUUCAUGGAAGAUAUUCUUUGAAGAGAAUUGCCUCCUUUAUCAAUUACUACAUUUAUAUGAACCUUGGCAUUGUUUUCAUUCAGGUUCUUUACUCAUUCUAUACGAGAUUUUCAGGACAAGCAUUAACAGAGGAUUUUGUAGUUAUAUUUACCACUUUGUUUUUUCAACAACUCAAUCCCUUAAGCUUUGGAAUAUUUGAAAAAGAUAUUUCAGAACACCAUUUGCUAGAUUCAAAAACAGGACCAAAGUUGUUGUCAUCUCUUCGAAGAGAAAAUGUUUUUAACCUUUACACGUUUGUCAAAUGGAUAGGUGGAGGAAUACUCCAUGUCAUCAUUAUAUUUUUCGUGUGCAUUUAUGGAACAGAAAGAAGUAUUUUGACGAACGGCAGAGAUGAUGGGCUUUGGAUGAAGACAGUACUUGUCAACUCUUGUAGUUUCAUGGUUAUGACUUUGAAAUGUUAUCUUGAAUUUGAGCAUGUGACACCAUUUCAUCAAUUUGCAAUGGCCUUUUCCUUUGUUACAUUCUAUGGAUUUAAUUUGUUGUAUGCUGCAGCAGAAACUUCUCCGCUCUAUAACAUUUGGUAUUCGUGUGCUCAAUCUCCAGUAUUUUGGUUUAUCCAUUUGCUAUGCCUUAUUUCAACAUUGGGUAUCGAUUUUACAAUCCAUCACCUCAAAGAACUGUUUUUUCCAGAUUAUUAUCAACAAGUGAAACGUAAACAGAUCAUGUAA